AUGGACAUCGCCACCGACCUCCGCGACAUCAUAGAUUGCCCGCCCACAGAAGCCCCUUAUACUGCCCUAAAGGAGGCCCUCAUUUCCCGCAUUUCCCUCUCAACGCAAAAACGUCUCCAGCGUUUAAUUUCUGAGGAGGACCUCGGUGACAGGAAGCCUACGCAGCUUCUUAGGCGUUUGGAGCAGUUGGCAGACGGACAAAAGCUGGAUGCCACCAUGUUCAAGCAACUUUUCCUCCAACGGUUGCCUCCUUCUGUGCAAGCCAUCCUUGCGCCUAGCAUUCCUUCGUCGACUGUUCAGAUGCUCGCGGAGACUGCUGACCGUAUACUCGAGUACUACCAGCCUCCUAGACAGAUAGAUAGAUAA